AUGGCCGCAGGCGCUGGCGAGUGCCCCGGAAAGGCCGGUCAGUACCGGGUGGAUCACCUCCUCAGUGCGGUGGAGAGCGAGCUGCAGGCCGGCAGCGAGAAGGGCGACCCCACGGAGAGGGAGCUGAAAGUCUCCCUGGAUGAGAGCGAGCUUUGGCAAAAAUUUAAGGACCUUACAAAUGAAAUGAUAGUGACAAAGAAUGGCAGGCGUAUGUUUCCCGUGCUGAAAGUGAAUGUGUCUGGAUUGGACCCGAACGCCAUGUAUUCGUUUUUGCUGGACUUUGUAUCUGCGGACAACCACAGGUGGAAAUAUGUGAACGGGGAGUGGGUCCCCGGAGGAAAACCCGAGCCUCAAACUCCCAGCUGUGUGUACAUCCACCCGGACUCUCCAAACUUCGGAGCGCACUGGAUGAAAGCGCCAGUCUCCUUUAGUAAAGUCAAACUCACCAAUAAACUCAACGGAGGAGGUCAGAUAAUGUUAAAUUCCUUACACAAAUACGAGCCACGCAUCCAUAUAGUGCGCGUGGGAGGCCCAAGGAGGAUGAUCACCAGCCACUCUUUCCCAGAGACACAGUUCAUUGCAGUGACUGCAUACCAAAACGAAGAGAUAACUUCUCUUAAAAUAAAGUACAAUCCCUUUGCCAAGGCCUUCCUGGAUGCAAAGGAGAGAAGUGAUAACAAAGACAUCAGAGAAGAUGCCAAUGAAAACCAACAGUCAACUUACUCUCAAUUAGGUGGCUGGUUUAUUCCUGGCACAAGCUCCCUCUGCCCUCCUGCCAGUCCUCACAGUCAGUUUGGGAGCCCCAUCACCCUCUCUUCUUCCCACGGCUGCGAGCGCUACUCCACCCUGAGGAACCACCGCUCUGCCCCCUACACCAGCCCGUACGCCCAUCGGACCAACUCACCCACUGGUUACUCCGAUAACUCCUCAGCCUGUCUGUCGAUGCUAUCAAACCACGAUAACUGGUCCAGUCUGCAGAUGCCAACACACUCCAGCAUGAUGCCCAUGGCCCACAAUUCCAACUCUGGUACCAACUCUAGUCAGUACACCAGCCUGUGGUCUGUGAGUAACUCGCCCCUGACUCCUGUGUCCCAGAAUGGAGGGAUAAACAACAGCCUGAGCUCCCAAUUCCUUCGAGGGUCCAGCAGCCACUACCAAGGCCUGUCUCACUCAGUCACAGCGCCCUCCUCUGGCUCUCCCAUGUACGACAGCGGCACAGCCACAGAGGUGCAUGACACAGCUCAGUACGACACCUCCCCACAGGGGAGACUACCCUCAGCCUGGACCCCUAUUACACCUCCAUCCCUCUGA